AUGGCGCGGACAAAGCGGCCAAUCUUAGCGCAGUUGGCGCGCACAACGCAUCUCACUCGUGAAGACGACGCUGCGCGAGAGAUGAUGACAUCGGGCCGUCCGAAAAAGAAGAAGAGUGUCGGACGCGGCGGUCGAAAGGUCAGCUACGCCGAAGCAGCUCUUAAUCGGGCGCGGCGAAUAGUUCACGGCAACGAAGACUCUUUCAACCUCCCCGUUGUAGCACGGCGUACGACUGCAGAUCCAGAACGGACGGAGGAGAUGGAGGCGGGCGAAACGGCAUUCUGGGCGAGAUGUGCGCGCCUCCACUUGCGCGCGGUAGAGCACUUCAGGGGGGGGCCGUAUAAUCCCUGCCGUGUAGCCAAACCGUAUUACAGGGAAUGGAUCGACAGGAAAAUCGAGGCGUAUACAAAUCGCGCGCGAGACACCUUGCGGGAUGGAUACAGCGGGACUGAUGAUUUCUUGACGCUGCGCAGGCGCGUUGCCAUACUGCUGCAGGAGGGCGCCAUGCUGGAUAUGAGCGCUAUGGAGCUCGAAGCCGUGGGGCAUUGCGGCGCAUUCAUUGCAGUGGGCCGAAGGAUUCGGCAGACGGGCUUUCGGGACGCCGUUGGGUGGUUCGAACCAGCGGAGCUCAUCGAAAAGCUGGCGUGA